AUGGAGGUCGACGAAUACCUCACCUAUGGACUUUGCCCGGCAUGUUUCUGCAUCGACUUUGACAGUCCUGACCUGUCAUAUGAGCCCCGCCCCAUUGCUGACAUCUACUGCGUGGUCGAUGCCAAAGACGUUUCAAGUACAUACGUGUGCCUCGAGAAGUACGAUGGGUUUCGCGGCGUCGAUAAACAAGACUGCAUGUUUGCAGUAUUGUACGGUUAUUCCGAACACCCUGUGACGGCGAAGCUCGAUAUAACAGUCAUCCGCGAUCAAUAUGAAAGCUCGCGAGAUGCUAUUCCUUUCCUGGCACCCCAGACACCAGCCUCCGAGCCCGAGAACCCAGAAUCGAUCCUGAAAAGGUCCUUCGAGUGGGUGAAAACCCAACUGGACACAUGCGCCGGCUCUCACAUCUGCGGCGGUACACUGGAAGCACCUUUACCUACGAGGGUAAUCGAACUGAACGAUGACGAGGCGACAUAUCUCCGAGUUGUUGUGCCAGACGAAGGGGCUGCGGGAAGAUACGCGGCCUUGAGUUACUGCUGGGGUCGCUCAAACCAUUUCGUCCUCACGGCUGAUAGCCUCGAGGACUUACGAGAUGGAUUCCAUCUCUCUCAGCUCCCUCAAACAUUACAGGAUGCGGUGAGGGUAACGAGAGAAAUCGGCCUGCGGUAUCUCUGGGUCGAUGCACUUUGUAUUUUCCAGGGCCAGGACCCCGAGGCGAUCAAUGACUGGAACAUUGAAGUUGCCAAGAUGGAAAACGUCUACAGGAAUGCAUAUGUUACCAUCUCAGCCGCAGCCGCACAGAACGCUUCAGGUGGCUUGUUCCGCGGGAGCCACUGUGACCUCCCCUUCGUCAGCGGCUGGGCGUCGUCGGGACCCAGGGAGGUGGCCCUCUGGGCGCGUGCUACCUGGCGCAACGACACCCCGGGCUUCAAGUCGGAGCCCAUAAACAGCCGUGCGUGGACCCUGCAAGAGAAUGUUCUCUCCACCCGCGUCCUAUUCUACACCUCAUUCGGCUUGCUGUGGAAAUGCAAGAGAGAAAUACUGUGCGUGUACUCCGGUCAGUCAAGAGCAUGUGACUCCACCGGACGAACAAAGGCGGGGACAACGGACCCCGGUACCGAGCAUGCCCGGUUCAUGAUGAACACGUCACGCUACACAUUCUCCGUGGCCCGGGAUGGGAAUGUGACUGCGAGGUCCUGGGAGCUCACAUUGGAGUUGUACACGACGCGGAACCUGACAAACCCGCACGACAAGCUCCCGGCGCUGGCAGCAAUCGCGCAGAAGCAUUCUCAGUCUACCGGUGCCGAGUAUCUGGCGGGUCUAUGGAAGCCGACUUUCCGCCAGGAUCUCUUGUGGAAGCAUCACCCGGGCUUACCAUUGAUCGGUGUGUCAGAUGCAGGAAACCCUAUGCGGAACAAUGAGUACAGGGCACCGUCCUGGUCUUGGGCGGCUGUUGAUGGGGUGAUAUCGUCCGAAUGGACCGGACGGACUCUCGAAUCUAAUCGGGCAAAGGAAUUCAAGUGGCUGGCUAAGGUUACCACGUACCCUGCACCAGUUCUGGUCAACCCCCGGAACCCAUUUGGCGGGGUUGUCAGGAUGUCUACUGAGCUGCACAUGCGAGGUCCUGUAGAGAUAUUCAACGUCCGUGAAUAUCCACGGAAGAACAGCUCUGUCAAUGUCGGAUCAGCGAAUGGCCGACCUGAUAAUGGGGAGUUGUGGGUUGAUGACCAUACCGAAACCGCCGCCUGGAGAGGCAGAGAGACGGAGCCGCUGUUCUGCCUGCAUGUCCUUUCUGUCGCCGACAAACAAGGCCCGAUCUCAAAGAGAGCCCGAUACACGCUCGCUCUAGCCUUACUACGGGUUCCUGAACUUCAACACACAUAUAUUCGGAUCGGGGUGGCCCAAAUCAGCAAUAAGUCAACAUCGUCAUCAGGUGAUCCCCACAACAUGGCCACCGAAAAUGUCAUCAUCAUUUGA